CUGAAAGAACUCCUUUGGCAGGCAGAAUAGGGCUUUUAUUGAGAAUAUUUCUAAGCUCACCAUCGGGGACAAAAAAAAAAUCAAACUUGUGUCGAAUCACUCUGCUCCCCCUUUCUCUCUGUCUUUCCCUCAUUCUAUUUCUGUGAGACGGAGCAGCAGCAGCACAGCUUACGGACCGACAAAGCACCCAGCAGCACAGUUUACGGACCAACGAAGCACCCAGCAGCAAGGCAAGCAAAACGCAAGGAGUCUAUCCGCUUGUCUCAGACAACCGGCACAACUAAGAGGGGCACAGCAGAGAGAGAGAGAGAGAGAGAGAGAGAGAGAGAGAGAAAGAGAGAAAGAAAGAGAGGGACAGAGAGAUUGGACAAUUUAAUUUAAAGGGCUGCUGUUGCUUCACCUGUGGAAAAAAUAUCCCAUUCCUAUCCUGUCUUGCUGCUACCCCAGGUAUCCUGUCACCCCUCCCCUGCCCUCUGAUACCCUCUGCUUGCCUUGACUGUCCCUGUCACCUCCAUCCCUGAGAGAGAGAGAGAGAGAGAGAGAGAGAGAGAGAGAGAGAGAGAUAGAGAGAGAGAGAAGUUUAAGAAGGAAAUUGCGACACAGAAGAUUUAACGUGCUACUGGUGUUGUAGCAUAAGAGAAACUGUACUGUCCCCCCUCUUCUCCUGUUCUGACGAGAGGCUGAGGUCAUGGUGAUGGUGCCUGGAGCUGUCAUGGUACCUGGAUCCUUACUACCCUGCCUCUGCACCCUGCUCUGCCUGGAUCUGCUGCUCCUCCCUGGGACAGUCGAGCCGUCGGUGCCCCUGGAGGACUUCUACCCCUUUGGCCAGGACUGGGGGGAUUUCCAGACGAUCUCUCAGGAUGAUGGAGGCUCAGGUCUGGUGGAGAUCUCUGUGGCGUUCCCCUUCUUCGGUGACAAGCACUCGGGGCUCUACGUGAACAACAAUGGCCUGGUCUCGUUCCUCAGAGAGGUGUCUCAGUUCACACCAGUGGCCUUUCCCAUCGCCGGAGACCGGAGGGUUGUGGCGCCGUUCUGGGCUGACGUGGACAACAGGCGGGCGGGGCAGGUCUUCUACCGGGAGAGUAAAGACCCGUCUGUCCUCCUGAGGGCCACUGCUGACGUCAGACGACACUUCUCUGGGUUCCCAGAGUUCAGUGCGACGUGGAUACUCAUCUCGACGUGGCACAAAGUCACCUUCUUUGGAGGAAGUGACAUCACACCGGUGAAUACCUUCCAGUUGGUGCUGAUCACCAACGGAGAGGUAUCCUUCACCAUCUUCCAGUAUCACGACGUCACCUGGACCACAGGCAUGCACGCCAGCAGUGGAGGAGACCUGGCAGGGCUAGGAGGCAUCGCUGCACAGGCAGGUUUUAACGCUGGCGACGGGAAACGCUACUUCAACAUCCCGGGGUCUCGUACUGAUGAUGUCGUGGAUGUGGAGGGAACCACCAACGUAGGUCGCCCCGGGAGAUGGGUGUUCCGGAUCGACAACGCUCAGGUGGAGGUGGGUGGCUGCAACCACUCAGCGUCUGUGUGUCCACACCUUCGACCCUGUCUGAAUGGAGGUCUCUGUAUUGAUGACUGCAUCACCGGCAACCCUUCUUUCUCCUGCUCCUGUCUGGCUGGGUUCACCGGAAGGUGGUGCCAGAUAGAUAUAGAGGAGUGUUCGUCCUACCCCUGUCAGAACGGAGGUACCUGCUCAGACCGGGUUAACGGGUUCACCUGCCAGUGUCCACCUGGGUUUACAGGGACAGUCUGCCAAACAGACAUUGACGAGUGUAAAGACAGACCCUGCCUCAACGGAGCGCUGUGUGUGUCAGGUGUCGACAGCUUCACCUGUGUGUGUGAGAGUGGCUACUCUGGGACUCUGUGUGAGACAGACAUGGACGAGUGUGUUUCCCAGCCCUGCCUGAAUGGAGGACAGUGUAAAGACCAGGUGAAUAGUUACAACUGCACCUGUCCUGUUGCCUUCACCGGGACACACUGUGAAACAGAGUUGGUGGUGGUCCAGGUGAAUUCAUCAUCGGCUCCUCAAACUGACAAUCAAACAGUGUCUUGUAAAGGGGAUGGCUGUGAGAACCGUUCGACCUGUGAAUACCUCGGCCCUGGGAACCACAACUGUACCUGCAUCCAGGGUUUCUAUGGUGACAACUGUGAAGGAGAGUGUCUGUGCCAGAAUGGAGGGGUCUGUGUGGACGGGGCCUGUGUCUGCACCUCCGGCUUCACCGGAAUCUACUGUCAGUUUGAGGUGACCCAGACCCCAUGCAGUAACAGCAGGCCAUGUCCUGAUGGAGGACCCUGUCUGGAGUACGGAGGAACCUACCUGUGUACCUGUCAGACAGGUGUGGCAGACCUAGAUCACAAGGACUUCUAUCCUCCCUAUGUACAGCAUCGAUCGGUCUGUGAUUCAUCCCCGUGUCUGAACGGAGGUCAGUGCUAUGAGAGAGAUGGAGGCUACACCUGCGACUGCAAGCAAGGAUACAGAGGGAAACACUGUGAGAAAGUCAGACUCAAUACCUGUGCCUCUGGCCCGUGUCGUAAUGGAGGCUCCUGUAAAGAGGAGGCAGGGAGCUUCCUGUGUGUCUGUCCAUACAGGUUCACUGGUAAACACUGUGAAGUGGGGAGGCCAGACCCGUGCUCCUCCAGCCCCUGUCUGAACGGAGGAACAUGUUUCCACUACAUCGGGAAGUACAAGUGUGAAUGUUCCGGAGCCUUCAGCGGGAGACACUGUGACAUCAGCAGGGGAUCAGCACACUCCACAGCAGACCUGGACUGUGGUCCCCCCCUGCAGGUGAAGCAUGCAGAGCUCCAGUUCUCCUCUACGUCGCCAGGCUCCAUGGCUCUGUACGUGUGCCACCCAGGGUACACCCCCAUGCCCAGGGCCACCCAGAGCAUCUGUGGGGGGCAGGGAGCCUGGAGCCAACCACCUGUCUGCCAGGAUAUGGAUGAGUGUCUGUCGGGGCCAUGUAAACAUGGAGGAACAUGUGAGGACCAGCCGGGAUCCUACUACUGCCACUGCCAACACGGCUUCAGAGGGCAAGACUGUGAAAUAGAGCAGGACAGAUGUGAGUCCAGCCCCUGUUUGAACGGCGGUGUGUGUCGGGGCUCCAGGAACAACUACCUAUGUGUGUGUAAAGAAGGGUUCUUGGGGGACCGCUGUCAGUCAUUGGAGAAUCCCUGUGUACUGCAGCCAUGUGGGAACAGAGGCCUCUGCCAGAGCGACAGGAAAGGGAACUACAGCUGUACUUGCAAAGUGGGUCACACAGGCAAGGACUGUGAGAAAGACCUGUUGCCUCCCUCUGGUCUGCAUGUACUACGGGUGGAGGAGGAUGAGGUGGAGCUGCGCUGGGACCUGCCGGACCCCUCCUCUCAGAGCCUGGUCAGUGGCUUCGCUGUGACCUACGCCCCUCUGGGUCUCCCGGGCCGUGGCAGUGGAACCAGGAAGACUGACUUCCUGGACAAGAAGCUGUCCACCUAUCAGCUGCAGGGCCUGGUGCCCGGCAUGCUAUACAACAUCUCUACGUUCUCAGUGAAACGAAACACCAACAGCAACGAUGUCAGCCAGCCAGCCAUUGCUCUCAUACGCACCCGGCCACGGCGGGUGGACCAGCUGCAGGUAGUCAACGUAUCGUCCUCCCAGGUAUGGCUGAGGUGGCUGGUUCAGGCUGCUCGUCAUGCUACCGUCAGCCAGGUGCGCCUUUCCCUGGUCUCCUGGGACGGUAGUGGAGUUGCCACCGCUCUGCUCAACACCAGCACAAUGGAAUAUGCCUUCAGCUCUCUGCUCCCUGGUCAGAUGUACACAGUGGAUGUUCUAACUCAGAGUGGUAUCAGACCAGACGAGUCGCCCUCCACCAGUCACUCUGCUGGACCGCUGCAAGUCUGGACCAGACCCCUCCCCCCUCAGAACCUGUCUCUGUCCCAUGUGACCUCCAACUCUGCCCUGGUGACGUGGGUUCCCCAUCCCAGAAACCUGCCAGACGGCUUCGUGGUCAAUGUGACGCGAGGCCUGAGCACCCGGAGUCGCUUCCUACCCAGUGGGAAGCUGCGAACAUAUACCCUGAGAGAGCUUUCCCCAGGACAACACUACCACCUCGUCCUCGUGGCUGUUAGGAACACAGGACAGGAACAGAUUCACAGUGUACCACAACACCUGGCCUUCACCACAUUACCGAUGGAGGAGCGAUGGGGAGCGAGGACGAGGGAGAGACCGUUGGUUGGGGGAACCCCUGUGAGUCAUACACUAGCCCCGUCUGAACCUCAGGACCUGGGGGUGACUGGAGACAGAGAGCACUCUGAAGAGAUACCCAGAUACACAGAGCUGAUUGAUGGAAGGGGGAGGAUAACAGCUAAGUUCACGAGCAGAAAGGUCAUCAGACACCGCACCAAGCCUGAGCUUCCUAUUCAGUUCCAGAAGAUGGAGGAGACAACUAAGCAAAUCGGCCUUGCACUAGAGAGGAAGGAGGAAGAGGAGGGGCCUGAGUCGUCCCGGGACUGCCAGAGCCUGCCCUGCCUGAACGGGGGUACGUGUGAGAAGGGGAGCGACUCAUACAUCUGCAAUUGCGCAGCUGGGUUCAAGGGCAGGCAGUGUGAGCUGUUCUGCCAACGAUUGCCCCACCCGUGUACCCGCCUCUACUCUGAAACAAAGAGCAUGCCCGUCUGGGUGGGUGAAGUCUGCCAUUACCUGUACAAAAGGACGUUUAAAGUGCAGCAGGAUGUUUGUUAUCGAGAGAUCUGUGAACCACCGCUGCCCAAGAAAAGUCCCAACAGAAGAACCAACAGCCAAUCAUAAUGGUUCUGUGAUACAUGUCAAAUUGUAUUUGUCACAUGCCUCCCAUACAACAGGUGUAGAUAGACCCUACAGUGAAAUGCUGACUGACCAGCCCUUAACCAACAGGUGUAUAUAGACCCUACAGUGAAAUGCUGACUGACCAGCCCUUAACCAACAGGUGUAGAUAGACCUCACUGUGAAAUGCUGACUGACCAGCCCUUAACCAACAGGUGUAGAUAGACCUCACAGUGAAAUGCUGACUGACCAGCCCUUAACCAACAGGUGUAGAUAGACCCUACAGUGAAAUGCUGACUGACCAGCCCUUAACCAACAGGUGUAGAUAAACCUCACAGUGAUAUGCUGACUGACCAGCCCUUAACCAACAGGUGUAGAUAAACCUCACUGUGAAAUGCUGACUGACCAGCCCUUAACCAACAGGUGUAGAUAGACCUCACAGUGAAAUGCUGACUGACCAGCCCUUAAUCAACAGGUGUAUAUAGACCCUACAGUGAAAUGCUGACUGACCAGCCCUUAACCAACAGGUGUAGACCUCACAGUGAAAUGCUGACUGACCAGUCCUUAACCAACAGGUGUAGAUAGACCUCACAGUAAAAUGCUGACUGACAUACAAGCUUUUUCCUCAAUGAUGUGGAGUUAAAAUAAGAAAAUAAAAACAUGAGAAAUAAAACACACUUAGAUGACCGCUGUUGUAGGAUGACCCCUGUUGUAGGAUGACCCCUGUUGUAGGAUGACCCCUGUUGUAGGAGGACCCCUGUUGUAGGAGGACCCCUGUUGUAGGAUGAACCAUGUUGCCCAGAGAUUGGCCUGUAGGAUGACCCCUGUUGUAGGAUGACCCCUGUUGUAGGAUGACCCCUGUUGUAGGAUGACCCCUGUUGUAGGAUGACACAUGUUGUUCAGAGAUUGGCCUGUUGUAGCCCCAGCUUGAGUAAAGACUAUCAAGCCACCAACUGGAACGAUGAGAAUUGGCUGCUCAUCAAUAACAAAAUGUACGAGAAACAGUCCAGACCAGUGUAAAAUCAAAACAUGAUACAUACCUCAUCACUUCCAUGUUAUCGGUUUAGUCUCUCAGCUCAGGAAAAUGUGUAUAGUAGGCCUGUCUGUUUUAUCACAAGCAAACGCUAUCUAAAAUACCAUGGUCUUACAAUGCCCCCCCCCCCAAAGAUUCAACCGUUUUCCCUCAGCGGCCAAAACAACAACAAUCACUACUGGAAAAUGAGUGUCUGUUUUUAUGGUUCUAGACUCUAAAACCAACGUCACUGCUAUCUAUCAUGUAAAUAGUGUUUAUAGGCUGUUUUCUAGGUUAAUAUUUUAAUAUUAAUAAUAAAAAGUUUAAAAAAAA